UCGGCCUCCUGGAGUGGAGCUAACAAAAAACUUGUCCAUUUGGAGCUCAAAGUGACAAACACGCCAGAUGGCCGCUUCCCUGAUGCGCCGCACGGAGUGGCCAGAAAGCCGCCACAAGCAAGAAGACUGUACCGGAGGCCACAAAAAGAGAGGAGGUGUAAGAAAGAAAGAAAACCCCCUCCAGAUAUCAUCGCCAUCCUACUGACUGGGAGAACAGAAAAGUACAGUGGGCUGGGAUUAGUGAUGCCUCUGAGAAAAGAUCCCUGUCAGAAGGCAGCAUGUGAAAUCCAAAAAUGUCUUCAUUUCAACAAUUAUAUGGAAAGCAAAUGUAAGCCGGAGAUUGAAGCAAUGCGGCUCUGCUGUUCUAAGCUGGUAACACAGCAAUCCAUCUGCUGCUCAGGCUUCCAGGACCAACAAGGAGCUAAAGAAGACCUGAGCGGAUCAUCGGGCGUGGACAGCAGCAAACCUGCGUCUAUUAAAAGCUAGCUGCUUUAUGUGACAGACAUUUAGGGUACGUUCCCACACGGCGUAUUUUGCUGCGUAUUUGCUGCAUAUUUGGUGCUGCGUAUUUUCCUACCAAUUGACUUCAACAGAGAAAAUAAAAUACGCAGCAAAUACGCCGUGUGGGAAUGUACCCUUAAAUGUUUUUUGGGCUUUGAAGAAAAGUCUGACAUCUACUGGACUGUGUUAGUGGAUGCGGUGAAGCUUAUAUUUUGUGAGAUUUUUCUUCAUACCAGGAUCCUGACAUAUGUCCUUUUUUUUUUUUGCUUUUGCACUUAGGGUGGUCAGUAAUUAUAGGAAUAUGUUAAAAACUUAAUUUUAUGUGAUACCGUAUUUUUCGUCCUAUAGGACGCACCGGCGUAUAAGACGCACCCAAUUUUUAGGGGCAAAAUCUAAAAAAAAAUAAAGAUUUUGAACCCAAUAGUGGUCUUCAACCUGCGGACCUCCAGAUGUUGCAAAACUACAACUCCCAGCAUG